AUUUUAUAGUGACAAGACGCACUAACUCGACGAACCACAGAAAAGGAAACACCACCGGUGUGUGGACGCUAAGGACACCAACUCCAAAUAUGGAUUGGGCCUUUAGUAACCGUACGUUGGGGAUUCGCCUAUACCGGCCGACACAAACCCAACAAGAAAACUAUGCUAGCUCACUGGCUACGAGUCAUUGGACUCAACGGUUUGAUAUGACGUCAACUGCGGACACAAGCGUAGUGACAGCAAGCUGUCGGUAGUGCCGGACACGAUUGUCGUCAUUACAUGGAGAGGGGUAAUGCGAUUUCGAGCUAUGUGGAACUUGACCGGCUACACACAUAACUUUUGAACAUCCUCCUCCUUGGAAGACGACCACGUCUUACAAUUGAAGCUGAGAUAAUUGAUCUAUGAAAGAUUCCUGAUGGUGUUGGUGCAGUAGCUAUUGGUAAAUUAGGGACAAUGAAAAAUCCAUCAAUAAUCAUUGGAGGGAACUGUGCUGUUCAAGUAUUUGAUUAUAAAGGAAAUGAGAUUUUAUGGACUGUAACAGGUGACAAUGUUAGAUCUAUAAUAGUAAUCGAUAUUAAUCUCAAUGGGUUCAACGAGUUACUCGUUGGUUCCGAUGACUAUGAAAUAAGGGAGUUUAAAGAUGAUAGGAUAGUGAAUGAAAUAUCUGAGACGUCACCUAUAUGUUCAUUAAAUAAUCUUUCGAUUGGGAGAUUUGCUUACGCUCUGGAUAAUGGAACAGUAGGAGUAUAUGAAAAAACACGACGUGUAUGGAGAGUUAAGUCAAAGAGUUCAGUGACUUUUCUUGAAAAGUAUGAUUUGGAUGGAGAUGGAAAAGAAGAAUUAAUAACCGGUUGGUCAAAUGGUAAGAUCGACGCUCGCAAUUCCAGAACAGGAGAAGUUGUAUUUAGAGAUGCGUUAUCGUCGGGCAUAGCAGGAAUAGUUGUUGGAGAUUAUAAAAGAGCUGGAAAAUGUCAACUUAUAGUGGUAUCAGUUACUGGGGAAGUUAGAGGAUACGACAGCAGUAGUCUGAAGGUAGAAUCUGGAGUUCAAAACAAUGUUAUUCAUGAUCUGUUGCAAAAAAGGCAAAUAUUAAUGGCCGAAUUGAAAAAUUAUGCAAAAGUUUCUAAUAAAGGAAAUGGUAUUCCGGGAGAUACUCGUUUAAUAACAGAAUUGUCAGUUUCAGAAGAUAUGACACCUCCUUGUGUACUGUUGACGCUGUUGACUAACAACUCGACUAUUUUACGAGCUGUCACUGUGUUUGCCGAAGGUAUUUUUGAUGAUGAAACGCACGUUGUUCACCCAAAGAAAGAAAAUGUAUCAUCAACAUUAACAAUAUCAUUAUUUCCUCCUAAAGAUAUACAUUUGGAUAUUCAUAUUCGAGCAUUUGUGGGAUCUCACGUAGACAACGACCAAUUUCAUGUUUUUGAACUUACAAGGGUAAUACCAAGAUUUUCAAUGUACUUAUUAAUUCCAAUUUUAGGUACAGAACACUUACCUGAAAGUUACGUUAAAUUUCAACUAGUGGAAAGAGUUCAACGAUUAGAUAUGUGGUUGAGCCAGAAUUUUAUAGUACCGCAAACAAAAACACCGAUUAAAACAAAUGGUACCGAUACAUGGAACAUAUUGAUCAAAUCAUUUAGAGAUUCUUCUUUGACACAUUUGGUAUUUGAAAAGAACACGAUAUGUAUAUACACAACUAAUAUUAGUCUCGCUGCUGACUUGGUACAAUCAUUAGCAUCUUACCUGAAUAUUGAACAAGUAGAAUCCCAUGCCGAAUUUCCUCAAGUCUUGGAAGAUUUAUGGGAAAAUAUACAACUAGUAAAAUCUCUACAACAAAAUUCAGUUACAUUAAAUGCUUCGAUUGCUGAUAAUUCGGCUUUGUUGAAAAAUCUUACUGUGAAAGCAGAAGAUUUCAGAUUAUUAGAUGAUAUGCUAAAUAUGAAAACCUGUUUGAACGAAAUAUACCACGUUAAUAGACAGAUGAUACAAAAUCAUAAAGUAACAUGUGAAAACCAUGAUGAAUUGCUAAAAACUUUAAAAAAAAUCAACACUGUUAUACAAAAUGCUUCUCGACUUCGUGUGAGUAACAGCAAAAGCGAAAUGAUAACUGCAUAUCGGCAAGCCGUUGCUUCGGAAAACAUGACUGUUUUGAAAAAAUUAGUUGAAACUGGAAAUAAGGAGUAAGAGAAACAUACAAUAUUUACACUAUUAAAAAAGUAUUAUAAUUAUUUACAUUAAUUCGUCAUUUAAUCACUUUAAUAAAUAAUUCAGUAAAAUAUUUUAUAACAAAAGAAGUAAUAAACAAACAACCAUUAUUACACUGUAUAGGUACAUAUUAUGUAACUUACAUUACUAAAACCACAUGGUAUCGCGAUAGAAGAUUCUGCCGUUCUAUAGAACAAUUAUUUAUCAUAAUUAUUUUUUUCUAUACUUUUGAUUAUGUGAGCAAAAAAGCCUUUAAUACAGAAGUUAAUAUAUAUUAACAUUAAAAAAUAAAACUAGUAUUUUUCCAAUGCAAUCACACAACCUUCAUUUUAAUGUCCACGCCUCAGUACCCAAUGUCUCCCCUUGUAUAUGAAGCCCUCUAUUAAUAACAAAUAAAUAAAUAAAUAAUAAUUAGAAGAACUAUCAAAUGAUUGAUGUAUUAUAAGAAAUUCAAAUUAUACAAUUAAACAUUUUAAAAAAAAUGUAAUAAAUUAAGAUUUUAUUAGU